AUGUUUCGACGCCUGGGGCAGUUUGUCAAGUCUCUCGUUGGCAGCGAACGCGACAUUUCUGGCGAUCCAACUGGAGAGUUUGUGGGUAAAGACCGGAAGAAGAAGCGACGCCGAAAAAGCAAAAGGGACCGCUCGGCAUCCCCUCCAAAUGCAUUUGUACCUCCUAUGGUCUGGCCUGGAUACUCAUACCCGCCUCCUGGAUUCCCCCUGCCUGGGUAUCAUUCACAGAUACCAUUUCAUCCCCCCUUCAACCUCUCGAAUGACUCAUUCCAGCGAAUGCUUCUACAACACAACACGAAGCUACCCACAUCAGACUUGAAGACCGGCACAGUACCAAUUGCUCCCAACCGGAAGUCGACAAAGAAGCGCGCUCGGAGCCCCUCCUACUCAUCUGGGUCGGAGAGCAUGACCAGUCACACGGAGGAUAAUUCUGACGAUGUGAACUUCAAUGGACUCGGAGAUGACAACAAAUCCGAAUCGGAUAGCAAGUCCGCUGAUAUCGUUGACGAACAUGAUUGGCCCAACGGCGAUGUCGAACGGAGGUGCCUUGAAGCCGUGAAGAAGGAGACCCGCCUUGGAGAAAGCAAAUGGGCGUUUCGGUCCACUGGACACCAUCCUUGGCGUGGGGUGACAGCGGAGGCACGCAAAUGUCUGGGCGUCUUUCUCUGCUCCAACCCCUCUUGCGCCCGUCCGGUUCGUCCUAAAACCCAGGCAGCUGCCCGCGAGAAGCAGCUCGCAACCCCCUGCACCAUCUGCAAAUCUUCACUUGCCCACCAUCCUUGCAACGUUCGAGCCUUCUACUACACCAUUGUCGAUGGCGGCGAGACAUAUUCUGUUUGGGAGCACGCUGGAACGCAUACACACAAGCGGCCACCCGAUCCACGUCAGCUAACUCUCAACGAGCGGACCAAACUUGACCAGCAGGUCCCUCGUGCGCCAAAGGCCACCGUACAUCAAUUGCGGGUUGGUGAUCUGGUUCCAGGGUCUGUCCCAUUGCAUGGCAUUAAGCCCACGCUCGCACAUCCGAAAUCUGCGAACUACGCGGUUCAGCAAAGUAGAAAGCGCCAAGGCCUCCUCUCCCCCGACGAAUCAGUGAAAGGGGUGUUCUCGUGUUUCGAGCUCUUUGCAAAUCUGAACACCAAACUUGGCGAGGAGUUCCUCAUCGAGUCCAGUGUCAGCUCGCCGGCCUUUCUCAUGUUUCAGAACAGGUUUAUGCGCUGCGUUCUAGCUGAUGCGGUGGUCAGUUGGGACAAGGACGCUCCCGAACUUGUAGGCCAACACGGUGGUGUUACAGAUGGAAACCACUCGUUCUUCCGCAAUGGAACAUUGGUCGCAACCGCUGUUUACGACACCAUAAUCCAAACCUGGGUCCCAGUUCUUUACACCUGGGUCCACAAGCUCGAUACCGAACAUCAUCUCCCUCAUUUCCGGAAGAUCGCUCACCAAAUCGUCGACAUUUGCCAGGAGAAAGGAUUGGAACUGAAGGAUGAAUUCCUUCUGCAUGUCUUCGACUUUGCCCAGGCAGAACACGCUGCACAUGCAGAAUCGUUCGUAGAGGCCAAAAUUCGGAUGUUUAGCAACUGGCACCACCUCAGUCCCGAGGCCCAGGCUAUCCAGAGGGCGGAGUGGCUCAAGAUGGCGGAGAAGUACCAAGUCGGCUGUCGCGUUCACUUCAAACGUUCAGCCAACCGUAUCCAGUCAUCGCACAGCCUUGUUCCCCCUGAAGACGGCACCAGCUUCAUGUCGAAGAUUCACCAGCUUUUGUCCAAAAAGACAUCAACCGAAUCGUUUGACUCCAUUAUCAACGACCUUGCUGCAACGUACCCAAGAAUAACUGGGUGGCUUUCAUGGUGGCUUCGGUCGCGAAUCGCGUCCUUGAUUUUUCCUGCCAAAAGUCUAGUGGAACCUCAUCACCGAGAGAAAGUUCCCAACUCGUCAAACGUGAUCGAGAGCAUCCACCACCUUACAAACCACGCCGUAGGGAAGGAACAUGACAUUGUGAGUGGUGCAGAGUCACUCCUCAUCCACAGCCGGGAGCUUGAGGCUCAGCGUCGCUCAAUUCAAGAUGGCCACAACGAGCCUUUACCGCCUCGAUCGCCACAGAAACCGAGAAAACCGGUGGUUCCAGUUGACGACUCAGUUAACGGACGUGCUCCCGAUACUGUGGAGCGUCUGGGUUUGCCUCCCUCUGUACCUCAAGACCAGGUGUCUCGUUCAACUUCCAUUCGAGAAGUGGAACUCCUCGCCUACGUGUGGAAUGGCCGCAACUCCUGCUUCUGGGAUUCCGGGCUCGAGCUACUGUACCGAGCAUACUGUUGCUGGCCCGAGGAUGAGGCUCAGCGAUUUCGUCUUCAACUGAUACAGCAGGCCAAGAGUUCGUUUCUUACGUGGAUGUUCUUCCACUUCCACAACCGGAGGAUGAGGGUCGAAGAAAAUCAGAGGAGAAAAUUACGACAGGAACUUCUAAUCGGGCAACAAAAAAUGUCGCAUUAUAUCUUCGACAAAUGGGAACUUCUUCCUCAUGGAAGCUACGGGUCCGUCACCAUGUGGCUCCCUCGUGCGUUGAAGGACGGGUCACCUCCUCUGGAAAUUCAGGCGCACCUUGGCAUCCAACAACUUGCCAAUCUUCGAUGUUCAAGCGGGCAUCUCACAUCGUUCUACUCGCCCGAAACCCCGAUUGUCUGCCACUCUGUGUCAGCAGCCUACGUCCACGCCCUCACCCUCAAUGUUGGGCACACCAUUUCGAUUGGGAACUACCUUACCCGAUGGAUUCCAAACACCAAGGAGUCCGUGGAUUCCCCACUGCACGUCCAUCAUGGUGUGGCCGACUGUAGUCAAAAGUCAUGCUCACACCGCAGCUCAUUUGUUGAGGCUACCAUUUCGUGGCCACGGAUACUUUGCCUCUCAACCCUUCCAUUGGCUGACGGAAGCGCUACCCCCAAAGCCGCCUAUCCUUCGAGGCCUACUUUCGACAACAAGAUCACAAUCAUGGAUGACGAGGGAACGGUAACCUACGAACUUGUUGGACGUUCUAUCUUCCAUCAUGAGCAGCAACAUUUCACUUCCCAAGUCCGGUUUCGAAACAAGACAUUCACAUACGACGACAUCACAUCUGGGGGAGACACCUUACUCCUUCCAUCGACCGAUGAUGGCCUCCUGCAAUCGACUGUUCAACGGGAUAUGCUUUACGUCUAUUACAGGACCUCUACAAAGGCAUCGACCCGACGGUCGAAAGAGGCUAUCCUCUCUGACCAUCAAUUGUUAACUGCACUGAAGGCCCCUGUAAUGGUCCGAAAGACUGGGGAGGACGGUGAAUCGGUGUAUGAGACUGAGUCUGACAACGACUCAUUGGAUUCAGUCAUAGACUUCGACCUUGGCUCCAUGGCUGAUGUCGUCAAAUGCACAGAAGCGCCCAUCAUUUACCCCAGACGUCUCCCAAGGUUCUAUCACCCAUACCCCUUCGCCUCUCCCUCCCCAACGGCGCUCGCCGUCCAUUGA